CCAUGGAAUCUUCGGUGCGCAUCAAGAUUGAAGAGGAUGGAAUAGAGACUGUGCAGUGGUCGUGGGUCCAGAGCAGCGGAGCUACGGUGAACACGGAACCAGGUCACGCAGAUCCGGUCCGGACUGCGGUGGAGGGUCUGUCUGUCGCUCCUUCGGAAGCCUCACGUCGCAACGCCAUUGAGGUAAACAAAGAUGGCGCCGCCCAUGGACUGAGCAGACCAUGCGGAAUAAAAACACCCAAAUAUGACGGAAAAUCGGACUGGGAAGCUUUCAGGGCUCGGUUCGAAAUACUGGCGGCUGCCAACGKCUGGUCGAGGGAUCAAAGAGCUCUGCAACUCGCCAUGUGCCUGACGGGGGAUGCGCUGUCUUGUCUGCUGUUGCUGGAUCCUACUGAGAGGGGCGACUAUGACACGCUAACGAGUGCGCUGCAGUGGCGGUUCAGCCAAUAUUUCCGACCUGAGCACUUACGUUUGGAACUGAGUGGACGAAAGAGACGGGGAGGGGAAUCUCUACGAACAUUGGCAAACGACAUAGAGAGCCUGACAAGGAAAGCUUAUGCUCACAUCCGCCUUAUGUGCUAACGGAACUAGCAAGGGAUCAGUUUGUGUGGGCAUUGUCCCCUCCCGAACUACGCGCGCCCACGCACACAGAGGAGGUGAUGCCAAGAACCAGGUCUGUGACUGAAAAUGAAUUGGCAGCAGAGAGGCCUGUGUAGCGGCAAUUUGGGUAAAUUCUAAAGUUGAUAAUUUAUGAAUUAUUUAAAUCAAUAAAUUAUCUUACCUCGAGGCACCACUUCCCUUUUAUUUUGUUAUUAUUACACAGGAAAGAGAAGAAAAACUGUAACUUAACUGUAAUCAUUCAGUCUCUAUUAAUUUAUUACCCAAAUUAAUAAUGAGUUCUUUUCUUAGAAGAAUCAAUAAUACCUUAUCAAGACACAGAAAAAUAGAAGUCUCACGUUGACCAGUUCUCCAUUGGUCAUUUAUUCACAGAUUAAAUGUAUCUACAGCUAUGGCAAGUAUGAAAUGAUGACAUUCUGAACCAGAAGAAUACGGAGAUAUUUGAGCAAUGAGUGAAUAACAAACAAAUAAACAAACAACAAAAUAAACAUUAAAAGGGGUUUUGAGGCUGGAGUGAGGUGAGGGGAGUUUGCUUUAGCUAAGAAUUUAACUAAGGGAUCCUUGUUAAAUGAGGGAGAGAAAUCGUUUAGAUUAUCAAAUCUCAUUCAAAGAUAAGAAACCAAAUUAAGCCUGAGCACCUGUUUGUCACCAGAACAAAUGUUCACUUUUACCCUUUUGUUUCCGCCAUGUGGGUACCAGGAGGGAAGUCAGUGACUGAAGGUCAUCUCUGGGGGGUUGUUUCCCAGGUAGGCUGUUCAUACAAGCUGGAUGACAGGCGGUUUGCCUGUAAACUCGACUGGUCCCGGUGGUCAGAGAACAGUAAUUCUCUGGUGAGGACGUAGUCCGGUCUCCUUCGGCUGCUGCAAGGCUUGGUAAUUUGAUCUCAACUUCGUAGAGAAAAAUGGACUAAAAACGACGCAUGAAUUAAAAUUAGCUUAUUGACUUCUAUUAAAAUGAAGCUCAGAUGUUGAGCCGACGAGGUACAGUGGUGCUGCGUUCAGAUCAGCAGGAAAUGCAGAGCCCGGGUCCUGGUCAGCCAUUGGGAGGGGCUGUCAGGGUCGGUCUCUGCUGAAGCUUCUGAAAUCUUUUGCUGCUGAUAUUCAAAUCUUCCAAUUCUUACUCUGACUAAUUUGGGAGUGCGCUCACUUUUUAAAAACCUUUGUUUGGGCGGAGUUAAGUUGUUAGUUGGCCAUUAAAAAUGUUACACCUCAUACAGGAAAAAGGUCUCAGUGAGUCAAAUCUAUUGGAGGUAAAUUUUACUUUGAAAACAAAGACAAGGGUGUGUUCUAGUUUAUCUUACAUUUACCUAAAAAGGGAAC